GUUUAUACUUCAGGAAAGAGAGGAGCCAUGGUGCACGUACCAGGCCUGGUAGGUAUCAUCUUCUUCUACCUGGUGAUCCUGGCCAUCGGCAUGUACGCCGCCUGGAAGCGCAAGCAUAAGACUGGUAACUCGGAGGAAGUGAUGCUGGCAGGACGGUCCAUAGGAACAUUUGUCGGCAUCCUCACCAUGACAGCAACAUGGGUGGGAGGCGGCUACAUCAAUGGUACAGCAGAGAAGGUCUACGACAAGGGUCUCUUAUGGUGCCAGGCACCUUUUGGCUACGGCAUCUCCCUGGCCAUCGGUGGACUGGUGUUCGCUAAACCCAUGCGGGAGGCCGGCUACGUCACCAUGCUUGACCCCCUGCAAAACGUCCUGGGUCGACGCAUGGGCGGUCUGCUGUACUUCCCAGCACUCAUGGGCGAAACGUUCUGGUCUGCUGCCAUCCUCUCUGCACUAGGAUCAACGUUGGCAGUAAUCUUAAACAUCAACAACACUGCGUCCAUCCUGGUGAGCGCUGGUAUCGCUGUCAUCUACACUUUCUUAGGCGGCCUCUACUCCGUCGCCUACACUGAUGUUGUCCAGUUCUUCUGCAUCUUCCUCGGCCUGUGGCUUGCGGUUCCCUUCUGUGUAAUGAAUGAGGCAGUGGGAUCCCUGGCACUUAACGAAACAAAUUGGUUGGGUUCCAUGGAACCUGCCUCACCCGAAUGGGGUCUUUGGGUCGACUUCUGGCUGCUGCUCAUCUGCGGCGGCAUCCCCUGGCAGGUGUACUUCCAGCGGGUACUGUCGUGCAAGACGCCAAAACAAGCCCAAAUGCUCUCCUUCUCAGCCUCCUUCGGCUGCAUCAUCAGUGCCGUCCCUGCUUGCAUCAUCGGAGCUGUCGCAUUGGCUGCAGACUGGAGUCACACCAGCUUCGGCCAUACCCCCAUGGGCUACGAGAGUAAAUUGGUACUACCCCUUGUCAUGAAGAAUUUCACUCCUGAGUGGGUGUCCUUAAUUGGACUGGGUGCCGUCAGCGCCGCCGUUAUGUCGUCAGCUGACUCCUCUAUCCUCUCCGCUUCCUCCAUGUUCGCCAGAAAUAUCUACAAGAAUGUCUUCCGCCAGAAGGCUAGUGACCAGGAGGUGAUCUGGGUGUUGCGGGCAUCCAUGGUGAUGGUAGCAAGCAUAGCCUGCACCAUCGGCAUCGUCAUCCAUAGUAUCUACUACCUAUUCAAGUUGUGUGGCGACCUGGUCUAUGUUAUCCUCUUCCCACAGCUGCUGAUGGUCGUCCACUGCCGCCACUAUGUCAACACCUAUGGUUCCUUUAUGGCAUUUUGGAUCGGAUUACUUGUGCGCAUUCUGGGAGGUGAGCCGCAAAUUGGGGUGCCAGCCACCAUUCACUACCCGCUGUACGACGAGGCAACUGGACAGCAGAACUUUCCCUUCAGGACAGCGUCCAUGUUGAUCUCCUUCACCAGCCUCGUAGUCUUCUCAGCUAUCGCCAAGUUCACCUUCACUCGCGGUCUCUUGCCUGCUAGGUUCGACGUCUGCAAUUGUUUUGAUCUUGAGCAUACAAAAAAUAACAAAUCAGAAGAACUUACUACUAGGACCCUGUCUUGUGUUGACCAGCCGGGCUCGCCUGAGGAGGUCGUAUCUCUUUUGAAUUCAGCAGAGAAGACCCUCACACCAGCCAUAAAGGAAGAAGCGUGAAGACAUAGCGAGAGGCUGCCAGCCAUUUCCAGGCCAUUGUCGGCCCUCUGUGUACUCAUCUAUAUAUGGUUGCAGGGGUCGAUUCACAGCUCAUUGUGUGUGUGUGUGUGUGUGUGUGUGUGUGUGUGUGUGUGUGUGUGUGUGUGUGUGUGUGUGUGUGUGUGUGUGUGUGUGUGUUGCUUAAAGGCCAUUCCUUAACACGAGCACUGAAGUAUUAUUCUAGCUUAACGUGUAACCAUCCCUAGGGCUGUCGAAUACUUGGUGCACUCAAGUACCUAGUUGCUACUAAAUAAACAGAAUCAGUAUAAUCGCCCGGUCCGGGCCUUUUCCAAGAAGUGGCCCGGCCUUGGCUCCCUAUCGAAGGAGUGUCUCAGACCAAUGUUAGCCAUGGGAGGAGGUACAAGUACCUCCUAGUCUUCUGGGACCAGCUGUCCCCAGGCCUAGCCCCAUUCCCCGCCACCACGGGGCUCGGAGGGAGAAGCUAGGUACCUUGGGCUACCGCAAACCCCGCCCACACUGGGCUUGGAUGGUGUGGCAGCUGCUUAGCAGCAGACGAUGUCAGUUGGUGCAAAAGCAGCAAGCACUAUAGGAUCCUCUUAGAGCCACACCCCAGCUUUGGGCAGAAACCCGAGCGCUGAGGAAGCUCAAGAAUGCCUCUUGCUGUGAGUGUUGCUGCUGGUGCUUCACUUCACAGAAACUUCUCUGUGAAUCAGUGGGUGUAGAGAAGUGUUUGUAUAUCUCGCCCUGACCAGGAUUUGACCCCGGGAUGCUUCGAUUGUGAGUUUGCAACAAGAUUAGUCCCAGAGCUAAGAGGUAUGUCCUAUGAGGAGAGGUUAAGGGAAAUCAACCUGACGACACUGGAGGACAGGAGAGAUAGGGGGGACAUGAUAACGACUUACAAAAUACUGAGAGGAAUUGACAAGGUGGACAAAGACAGGAUGUUCCAGAGACUGGACACAGUAACAAGGGGACACAGUUGGAAGUUGAAGACACAGAUGAAUCAAAGGGAUGUUAGGAAGUAUUUCUUCAGCCACAGAGUAGUCAGGAAGUGGAAUAGUUUGGGAAGCGAUGUAGUGGAGUCAGGAUCCAUACAUAGCUUUAAGCAGAGGUACGAUAAAGCUCAUGGUUCAGGGAGAGUGACCUAGUAACGACCAGUGAAGAGGCAGGGCCAGGAGCUUGGACUCGACCCCUGCAACCUCAACUAGGUGAGUACAAUUAGGUGAGUACACACA